CGACACACCUACAGAAAACCUCCAAAGCAUUUGCUCGUACAUGUACUUUCUUCAUCUUCUUCUCCCUCCCUCCCUCUCUCUCUCUCUCCCUCUCUUUCUCUCUCUCUCUAGUCCCUAUCAAAACAGCAGAACAAUGGUGUUCCCCAAAGAAGAGAAGCUAGUUCACAGCAUCAGGCUUUCCUCGGUCGGCCCGGGCCGGGUCACGGGGACCGACGUGGUUCACAUCCCGAGCUCAUUGGACUUGGCCAUGAAGCUCCACUACCUCAGGGGAGUAUACUACUUCAGUGCUCAAGCUACACAGGGCCUGACAAUUAAGGGAAUAAAGGAGUCGACGUUCACAUGGCUGAAUGAUUACUACAUGACAUGCGGGCGGUUCAGGAGGUCACCAGACACCGGGAGGCCAUACAUGAAGUGCAACGACUGCGGGGUGAGGUUCAUCGAGGGCAAGUGCGAUAAGACCAUAGAAGAGUGGUUGGAAAUGUUGAGUGAGGACUGUGAGCUGAGGAACCUCCUCGUCUCGGAUCACGUCAUUGGGCCCGAGUUGUCUUUCUCCCCUCCUCUUCUCAUACAGAUAACACAGUUCAAAUGCGGGGGUUUCUCGUUGAGCCUUAACUGGGCUCAUAUUCUCGGAGACGUGUUCGCCGUCGUAGAUUUCAUCAACAAGUGGGGCCAAAUGCUUGCUGGGCUUCAGAAAGACCACCCAGAACCACCCAAAUCGAACACCGUAAUCCUGGAAACCCCGAUGAAGGCAGACCGAGAACCCAUUUCCGUGAGGCGGGUCGGCCCGGUUGGGGACCACUGGAUCUACUGUCCCGGAAGGAAGAAGGGGACCUUCACUUUCCACCUCACCUCCUCUCAGCUGACCCACCUAAGGUCCAAGUUCUUUGGCCACAUGAAAUCGGGGAGAGUCCCGCCGUACGAGUCUCUUUGUACCAUUUUGUGGCAAUGUAUAGCCAAUGUCAAGGAGGAGGAGCCCAAGGUAGUGACAAUCUGCAAGAAUGACCCAAGCAAAAGGGCCAUUGGAGUAUUAAGCAAUAGUCAGAAGAUCAGUGUAGUGAGGACAGAUUCCUCAAUUAAGGGGUCCGACCCAUGUGAGAUUUUGGGCCUUUUGGUAGAUCAAGCGAUGGAGGAGACUGCCCAAAUUGAAGAAGCUGUCGAGAGGGAUAAUGGGGUUUCUGAUUUCAUCAUCUAUGGGGCAAAUCUCACCUUUCUGGACAUUGGGGAGGCCAACCUUUAUGAGCUUGAAUUGAAUGGGCUAAAACCCAUAUUUGCGGACUACGCCAUUGGGGGAGUUGGGGAAGAGGGUGUGGUUCUGGUCCACCCCGGGCCGAAAGGCGCAAAGUUAUCUGGAGAUGGAGGGCGGGUCGUAACCGUUAUUCUGCCGGAAAAUCUUCUGCCGGCGCUGAAGGGUGAGCUGAAGAAAAACGAUCUGUUGCUCGAUGAAAACAUCUUCAGCUGAGCUGCAUAUCGUUAAUGUACGUUUAUUUUCGAACGGAAUCUGUCUGCGGUGGUUGGGUGGAAAGCAUGUUUGGUUUACUUUUAGACUUGGACGGAGCGUACUACUGAAAGUUUGCUAAUUGAUGGUUAAAAAAAAUCAAGGAUAAAUUAUAGCAGAAAGGCUCGACUUUUCCUUUCUGGCUCAGAUUUAAAA